AUGCCUAGGAUAUUGGCCGUAGUUGUUUGGUGCUUUCUGCAAGUGGAAGGAAGGCAUCUGGAAAUCACCACUGGCAGCAGCAACAAUGGCAAUUUCUUGGACAAUGACAAAUGGCUGAGCACUGUUUCCCAGUAUGACAAAGAUAAAUAUUGGAACAAGUUCAGAGAUGAAGUUGAGGAUGAUUAUUUCAGAAACUGGAAUCCAAACAAGCCUUUUGAUCAAGCUCUUGAUCCAUCCAAAGACCCAUGUUUGAAGGUAAAGUGCAGCCCACACAAAGUGUGUGUAACUCAUGACUACGAGACAGCCAUUUGUGUAAGCCGCAAACAGCUGGUUCACAGCCUUCGGCAGAAGAAAGAAAACCUUCCCCAGAGACACUGGAUUGGGCCAGCCAAUUUAGUAAAAUGCAAGCCAUGCCCUUUGACACAUGCCAGUCCUGUUUGUGGUUCUGAUGGACAUACUUACACAACCAAGUGCAAGUUGGAAUUUCAUGCCUGUACGUCCGGCAAAAAAAUUACAGCACGCUGUGAAGGGCCUUGUCCAUGCCUUCCAGGACAAGAAAGUCCAAAGCACAAGACAGAAAAAAAUGCUUGCACAGACAAGGAGCUGAGAAAUCUUGCAUCCCGUCUAAAAGAUUGGUUUGGCGCCCUUCAUGAAGAUGCAAAUCGUAUCAUCAAGCCAACAAGCUCGGAUUCAGCACAAGGCAGAUUUGACACUAGCAUAUUACCAAUCUGCAAGGACUCAUUGGGCUGGAUGUUCAACAAACUGGAUAUGAACUAUGACCUUCUCCUCGAUCACUCUGAGAUCAAUGCCAUUUAUCUUGAUAAGUAUGAACCAUGCAUCAAACCGCUCUUCAACUCCUGUGACUCCUUCAAAGAUGGGAAGCUCUCAAACAAUGAAUGGUGCUACUGCUUUCAGAAGCCUGGAGGUCUCCCUUGCCAGAAUGAGAUGAACAGAAUUCAAAAGCUGGGCAAAGGGAAGAGCCUGAUGGGUGCUUUCAUUCCACGCUGCAACGAGGAGGGCUAUUACAAAGCGACUCAGUGCCACGGCAGCACCAACCAGUGCUGGUGCGUGGAUAAGUACGGAAACGAGAUAGCCGGCUCAAGGAAGCAGGGAGCGGUUAGCUGCGAAGAAGAACAAGAAACUUCGGGGGAUUUCGGUAGUGGCGGAUCAGUGAUAUUAUUGGAUGAUCUGGAAGAGGAACAUGAAGCAGCAAAAAAAGACAAAGAAGGGAAACAGAAGAUCCAUGUAAGAGCAGCUAAUGAUGACGAUGAAGAUGAAGAUGAUGAGAAGGAUGAUGAAAUUGGCUAUAUAUGGUAG